AUGUCAGCCAGCGUGGAAGACCGCUUUGCAAAGCUAUCGCUCAGCAGCGACGGCAAAAGGAGUGAAGACUCAACUCGCGUUAUACUGGCAACUGUUUAUCCGAAGCCGGGCAAGACAGAGAGAAUCAUUGAGCUCUAUCAACCAAUUAUUAAAGAUGGAGCAGACAAUGAACCUGGAUGCAUCCAGUUUCAGCUUUUCGUUGAUAUCAAUCCCGAAACAGGCAAUGAGGAGAUUUUUACUAUCGAAAAAUUCAAGAACUUGGAAUCGCUGAGGCUUCACCAACAAGGAGAAAGUCUAAAGGAGUUCAACAAGAUUACUGCAGCGGAAGACCUUCAUGCUAAGCCAGUUUUGGUGCACGUUGUUAAGCCUUUCUAUCAGUAUCAUCAGUAUCCGCAACCUCUCAUCGCAAUCAUGUCUUCCUCUGAUAAACUAACCGUGCAAGAGAGGAACAAGCAAGUGGUUGCCAAGUAUUCGGAAGAGUUUUGGGGCAAAUGUAAUCCGGACAUUGUCGACGAACUCUGUUCAGAUGACUUUGUGUCCAACUACCCUAUGCACGGUCGUCGCCAGGGAAAGACUGAGGCGAAGAAAAUGCUCCUUGAGUUCAAGGAAGCUUUCCCCAACGUCACAUUUCGGCCAUAUGGGCCAAUCCCUAUGAUUGCCGAUAGGGAUUAUGUUGUAACGCGUUGGAUCGGUGGCGGUAGGCACACGGGCGUUGCAUUCGACGAUUUGCCAGCUGGUCGACUCGACACUCCAAAUACUGGAAAGGUGAUUCACUUUUCUGGAACGACCAUCUUCACGUUAAAAGAUGGGAAAAUUACGGAGGAGCUUGGAGAAGAGGGCGCUUUGACUGCACUGCAACAACUGGGAAUAGUUGAACCGCCAAACCCCUCCAGUGGGGUGUAUAAAGCAAGUGCAACGGCUGCUAGCAAUGAUUCAUCUACGGAAAAAGGUAAUGGAUAA